CAGGGGACCUUGAGCAAGCGCAAACCCAGCAUAUCCAAGAAGGGGCGGAGCUAAGGUCGCUACCGGAACCAGCCGGAAGGAGCUCUACCCGCCAUUUUGUGCAGUUGCUUGGCGGCCCCGGACACUUAAGCGUCUGUUCGGUGUUGAGGUAUUUUUAAGGACUUUGAAGAGGGUCUGUAGGCUCUGUGACUGGAGAGUUCCACGUUUAGUCCUGGAUGAGUGACCCUGAGGAGACCCAGUUGCCGGAUCCUGCAUUGCAGAAAGCAGCAGUGAAUGUGAAGAAAAAGAAGUUGGAUGAAAAGGUGGAAUGCAAGAAAGAGAAGAAGCAGCAGCGAAAGGCCAUGGCAAAGCAUAAACACCUGGAGAAGACCGCUGCCGAGGAUCCGCCCUCGGUGCAGCAGUGCCUGGGACCUGGCUGUGUGUAUCCCACCCGGCCAGGCUCCAAGUACUGCUCAGAUGACUGUGGCAUGAAGCUGGCCGCUGAGCGCAUCUGUCAUAUUCUGCCCCAGCGCGUCCAGCAGUGGCAGAAGAGCCCCUGCAUUGCUGAGGAGCAUGGCAAGAAAAUGCUUGAGCGCAUCCAUCGUGAACAGCAGGACGCUCACACCUGCCUGAAGGACAUGGAGUGCCAUUUCCAGGAACUUGAGGCCAUAAUCCUGUGGCCUGUUAAAUCUAAACUGGUAAACAUUACUCAAGAUUUUCUUUGUAAUGGGUGUCUGAGUGGCUUCGUUGGUUAAGAGUCCGACUUCGGCUCAGGUCA